AUGGUUGGCUUUGUUUUGACCCGUUUUGUGGAUCUGUCGGCGAUCGAGACCUUGGCUUUGGAGGACAUAAUAAAGUGUGGUAUUUGUCUGCAAGUGUUGAAGAGAGCGGUCGACACUCGAUGUGGACAUACCUUCUGUCACGAGUGUCUCAAUCAAUGGCUCUCAAGACCGCAGACCACCAAAGAGUGUCCCGAAUGUCGACAACCGUUGGCCUCAAGAAAGCGAACCCGAAGUCAGAGCACAGAAGACAAUAGUUUGGUUAUCGGAGGCAAUGUUUUUGUGGACAAAAAUCUUCGCAUAAAUGCAAUGAUAGAGAAAUUGAAGAUCAGAUGUGAUUACGAGUGGAACGGAUGUCCAGAAGUGUGUCCAUUGGAGUCGUUGUUCACUCAUCUCAAGACAUGUCAACACAGAUUGUGUUUAACAUGUGGUCUAUCUGUGGGUCUCGUAAGGGAUGACCACAACUGUAUUGAAGGCCUGAAGAGAGACCGAAAUGAAUGGACACAAAGAGCCAAAGAAUUUGAAAUAAGAUUAAAGGAAUCGAAUGAAAAGACAUUGAAUUUGGAGAAGAAAUAUAAUUCACAACACAAUGAAUGGCAAAUGAAAUGCAAUGAAUGGAUAGAAAUUACGAAACAAUUUGAGACAAAAACUAAAGAAAUGGACCAAAAAGUGAAAGAAUUGGAGACAAAACUUAAGAAAUCUGAAGAAAAUUCACGAAAUUUUGAGAUAUUAUACAAACAAACGGAUUGUUUGCGCCAAAAAUGGGUUCAGAAAUACCAGGAUUUGGAGAUAUCAGUGAAGACAUCAGCAGUUGUAGCAAAACAAGUGAUUCCUUUGGCAGUGAUUCCCAAAUGUUUACUGUUUGGUAGAUAUGAGACAAAUGUCGGAUCCAUUGAAUUCAAGAAAUACGGUAUUGUUUUCAAUAUUGUGUCGAGUGUUGGAAGAGUAUGUUUGCCGUAUAAUGAGAUCCAAUGUCUGAUGGCAUGUGUCGACCCCUCACUACCAAUGCUUUGUAUUAAACCAAACAAAGGCCGGGCUUUUCUUGUGGACAGAACUUAUUGUUCAGUAACUGAAUUCAUCAAUAAAUGCAACUUUAAUGUCCACUCAAAAGAUCUGAGCCAACAGUUUAUUAUCAUUGAAUUGAGAGAUGUAUUGAGUGAAACAUUUGUUUCGCAAUUGUGUGCGAAAUGUAACGAUAAUGUGAAGUCUGAACACAGUUUGAUAGCCUCACCGGCCGGACAACUAAAGGCCACUAAUAAUAAGUGCGAAUACAAGACAAUUGAUUUAAAUGCCGCACAACUGAUGCUAAAGCGAUUAAAUUGAAUGUCAUUCGUGUUAAUUACUUUAUUAUUGUUGAUUAUAACACUUUAUUCUACGGCUAUUACUGUAUAUGUGCACAAAUACGACACAACUUACUCAUGUUCAUUUAUUCUAAU